AUGCUUUCUCCAGAUAUCGCAAGGGAUUUGGCUGAUUUCUCUGAGUUUGGAAAUAGAUCCUGUCCUAAGAGCUUUAGGUCACCAGGAGCAUGAGGGGUGGUGAUGUAUCUAUUCAUAACAGCUGCCUUCAUUCUCACCAUCUUAGGGAACCUGGCCGUAAAAAUGUCCAUCUCCUAUUUCAAGCACCUUCAUUCUCCAACCAAUUUCCUCAUCGUAUCCAUGGCCGUCACAGAUUUCCUUCUGGGCUUUGCUGUUAUGACCUACAGCACGGUGAGGUCUGUGGAGAACUGCUGAUAUUUUGGGAUGACAUUCUGCAAAGUUCAUUACAAUUUCGACCUGAUGCUCUGCUUAUUUUCCAUUUUCCAUUGUCAUUUCAUUGCUGUGGAUUGGUUUUAUGCAAUCUGCCACCCUCUGCAUUAUGCCAGCACCAUCACUGUCGUGGCCAUAAAACAAAUCCCAGCCGUGUGCUGGUCACUGCCCUCUGCUUUUGCUUUUGGUAUAGUCUUCUCAGAAGCUUGUGCUUCUGGAACAGAGGGCUAUGAAAUGCUGGUUAAAUGCUUGAGCUUGUGCCCUAUUGCGUUCAACAGACCAUGGGGGGCUGUUUUAUUUACAGUUGGUUUAUUUGCGCCUGCUUGCAUUACGAUAGGCAUUUAUAUUAAAAUUUUUGAAGUCUCCCAAAGGCACACAUAUGAGUUGAGCCAGGCACACAGGCACACAAAAAGUGAUAAGAAAAAUGGGCUUUCUAAGAAUAAAGAUAGGAAAGCUGCCAAGAUUUUGAGUACAGUUAUGCUGGGUUUCUUAAUAUGCUGGUUUCCUUGUUUUUUCACAAUCUUAACUGAUCCUUUUUUAAAUUUUUCUACUCCUUUACCUCUGUUUGAUGCUCUAAACUGGCUUGGGUAUUUAAAUUCUUUCUUCAAUCCAGUAAUAUAUGGCUUUUUCUAUCCAUUUGCAUUCAAAACAUUUAUCUUAAAAGGCAAAAUAUUUAGCCCAUAUUUUCAUACAAUAAAACUUGUAUCUGAAGGUCAGUCACAGUAA